UACCGCGAUGGCCGAACGCUUGAAGGGCCUUUUCGCGCCCUAGCAACCAAAUGUCGAGCUCACCGACUACGCCGCCGAAACCGGCGUCACCCAUCCUGCCCACGCUGCCCCCAAGACCGAACCGCGAAGAACCCACCAUCGAGGACGUCGUCGAGCCCGCUUUCGCCCAGGACGAGCCCAGUGAUAGAAACGAGGAAGCUAGUGAUCACCUUCUGGAGCGCAGUGAUCCUGGCGAACGCUUCAAUCACAGUGAUCCGCUGCUCGAUCACAGCGACCGACUCCUCAACCCUGAAAACCUGUCGAGUGAACCACCUAGGUCCAAGAGACCGCUGUCGUACCCAUGUGGGCCGGAUUCGAAACCCGAUUCGCAUACGGUGGAAUUUAAAUUGUCCACGAGUCAGUCGGAGACGUUCAAGCAGCCUUCGACUAGGGGUCGGGCCCAGGUGAAGCCCUUCACCAGGGAGUCUCUGGAAAGGUUGGAGAAGAAGACCCUCCAGUUGGUUCGCGAGUACGGGUUUACGCCGCGUAAAAAAUUGAGUGUGGAGGAUGGCUCCAGGUUACCUACGAAGUACGAACCGUUUCCACCUCACCUGUAUGGAAGACCGCUUGAGGAAAUCGACAAUUUCAUUUAUGACGAGACUUUCUGCGUGGUGUCGAAGCGUUUUCGAAAAAACUACAUCCACAGAUUCACCGCAACCAAUUCGUUCUUCUUCUUCAGUCCGUUUAGUCGUGUCAGAAAAACUUGUAUAUAUUUGAGUACGAAUCAGUUCUUCGAUUAUAUGGUUAUGGCCACCAUUUUACUCAACUGUGUCUUCCUUGCCAUGGCUGAAACAAUCGAAGAAGCUGAGUAUAUUUUUUUAGCCAUUUACACGGCUGAAAUGUUAGUCAAGGGUACUGCUAAGGGGUUCAUAUUGAACAAGUACACGUAUCUCCGGAAUCCAUGGAAUUGGCUCGAUUUUGUAGUCAUCACCAGCGGAUACGCCACCAUCGGGAUGGAGUGGGGGAAUCUGGCUGGAUUGAGGACCUUCAGGGUACUCAGAGCGCUCAAAACCAUCUCAAUACUGCCCGGUCUCAAAACCAUCAUCAAUGCGUUACUUCACUCGUUUAAGCAAUUGGCCGAAGUCAUGACACUCACCAUCUUCUGCCUGAUGGUUUUCGCCUUGUUUGCUCUCCAAGUUUACAAAGGGGAGCUGCGUAAUAAAUGUGUGCUCAAGAUGGAUAAUCACAACGCAUCCUAUACAGUCUGGUUCAACUGGACUAACGACCCAAGCAACUGGUUGAUGCGACCGGGCACCGAUGAUCCACUGCUCUGCGGAAACGUGACCGGAAGUAGACACUGUCCAUCUACUCACACCUGCCUUUGUGUCGGCGAAAACCCCAACCAUGGCUACACCAGUUUCGAUAACUUCCUGUGGUCAAUGCUCACCACAUUUCAAUUGAUCACGCUCGACUACUGGGAAAACGUUUACAAUAUGGUGCUGUCGGCGUGUGGACCCAUCAGCGUGAGCUUUUUCACCGUUGUAGUAUUUUUCGGUUCCUUUUACCUUAUUAACCUAAUGUUGGCUGUGGUAGCACUUAGUUACGAAGAGGAGGCUGAGAUAACUCAAGAGGAGCGUAAGAAAGAGUUGGUCGACCAUCGAGAGGACUCAACGUUCAGCUUCGAUCCCUCAAACCUCAACGUUAAAAAGUUACAAAAGCACAAGAUAAAGAAAAUAGACGCCCGCAAAGGCGUCCUGCUGUCUUCGUACACGAGAAAGAGGACGAGGAGAAGAAAAAGGAACAGGAGUACAACGAACCCUGGAAAGCAACAGCACGGUCCUGGAGGAGCGGCCAAGUUUGAUUCGAUUGAAAACAGUUCGGGCAACAAGAAAAACGAGGAGAUAUCGAAUAAGGAUUCCUCGUCUAGAAGGAGCUCGAGGUCCGUCACGCCAAGCCCGAGCCCGAGCCCACGUCACAGCCGCACGCCUAGGCCCCAAAUUCUACCCCUGCCUCUGCCACCCCCCAAGCACGUACAGCUGACGGAUCCCAGAUGUGGCCCCGAUACUCUGCAUCCAGGAAACACUCUGGCCCCUAACAAGCUCGGACCGAGCAGCAGGCAAACGAGCAGCAGCAGCAAUAACAGGGAAUCAUCGCUAGACGACUCCGGUGUCGUAGACGACCAUGAGACUGAGGGUUAUGCCACAUCAGAAGACGCGACUUCUCACACCCCAGCGCAGAAAAGGAAAUUACAAGCCACCCCUGUAGCCGUGACACUCAGCCCUAAGGAAAUAAAAGUUAUCAAGUGUAAUGGCGUGGGAAGCUGCAAAAAGAAAAAGCAAAAUAUGUACACUCUACCGCCUGACUAUCUUUCACAUAUAGUUGUGAUAGAUGAUCUUCCCGACAGAAAUUGUGCGAGUUGUGAAAAGUGCUGCAUGGACUACGGGGGUUGGUUGCAGUUUCAGCAAGUUUUAUAUCGUAUCGUUAAAGAUCCAAUAUUCGAAUUAGUGAUUACAGUGUGCAUUAUUUUAAAUACCAUGUUUUUGGCCUUAGAACAUCACGGAAUGAGUGAGUCGGUAUACAGAGCCUUAGACGUAGGAAAUAAGGUUUUCACUUCGAUUUUUACGUUCGAAUGCACCUUGAAGCUGAUGGCAUUAAGCAAGGAGUUUUUCCAUUGCGGUUGGAACAUAUUCGACCUGAUCAUCGUGUCCGCCAGUCUGCUGGAUCUGAUCUUCGAGCUGGUGGACGGUCUGUCUGUCCUCAGGGGUCUUCGUUUGUUGAGAGUGCUGAAGCUUGCUCAGUCUUGGAUUACCAUGAAGGUUCUGCUCAGUAUAAUCAUCAGUACCAUUGGUGCACUAGGAAACUUGACAUUGGUACUUCUGAUAAUCAUUUAUAUUUUCGCUGUGAUCGGAAUGCAGUUGUUUUCGAAAGAUUAUUUAGUUGAGAAAUUUCUACCAGAUCCUGUACCUAGGUGGAACUUCACGGACUUUUUCCACUCGUUCAUGAUGAUUUUCCGGAUAUUGUGCGGCGAAUGGAUCGAGCCGCUCUGGGACUGCAUGCGGGCUGAAGCUGGCGAGAGCCCCGGACUGUGUCUAGCCAUUUUCCUGCCAACGCUCGUGAUGGGAAACUUCAUGGUCCUAAACUUGUUCUUGGCCUUGCUGCUCAACAGCUUCAAUUCCGAGGAACUCAAGAACAGGAAAGAGGAAGUUGGCGAUGAGUCCAAACUGGCUCAGAGCUUCGAGAGAAUAAGGGACCUGGUGCGAAAAAGGCGAGAGCAGAGAAUGCAGGAGGAAAAGCAGAAUGAGAACAAUACGCGUUUGGAGAAAAUCGUGAGGGAAGUUAUGCAGAAGAAGGCGGAGGAAGAUGCUGCUUUGAAAGCCGGGGUCGUCGGGAAACCCGUCGAACAAUCAGUGGUUAAUUUUCCGAGAGAUAAGAGGAGCUACCAGGAGGCAAUGAACAGGCCGAUAUCCAUCAUCAGCUACGAGCCACCAGAAUACCAGGAAACGAUAGCAGAAGUACAGGAGCACAGAAGAUCGAACCAGUAUUCAACGCUCAUCAAUGGAACCUCGGAAGAAAGUGAAGCACUCGAAAGUAUGUCUGAAGUAAAGAAGGAUAAUCCGCUGCUCUCGAAAAAGCCGGGUGGAAAAGAUGAGAACACCGAAACAGUGGAAAUGAAGGAUAUCAGUAGGGGCGCUUCAGCAGACACAGAACACGACGAAGAGUCCGCUCUUUGUCCAGAAUCGAAGGGUAAAUAUGACAAGAAAGAACGAAGUGAAAGUAGACCAUGGCAAACUUUGGUAUCGUAUGUAGAUGAACUGACUGUAGGCGGGAGAAGGAACUCCAAAGGGCAGUACAUUGAUGGGAUGGGCAGUUUUCCUGGUUUUGGCAGGAACAAGCCCCCCAAAGUACCGCCGGACUGCUUUCCGAUACACGUCUACCAAAAAUGUAAUGGUUUCGAGAAAUGCCUGAACACUAGGAUAGGCCAAAAAUGGACGAAAAUGAGAACAGGAGUUCUCUCAGUUGUUGAUACCCCUAGUUUUGAAUGGUUCGUCCUAGUCUUGAUCUUCGCGUCUAGUGUUACCCUCUGUUUUGAAGAUAUCCACCUAGACGACAACCCCGAUUUGAAAAGGGUGCUCUACUGGACCAAUUUCACCUUUUCAAUCAUCUUCAUCAUCGAAAUGUUCCUGAAAUGGAUCGCUCAUGGUUUUCACAAAUACUUCACAAGUUUCUGGACACUACUGGAUUUUUUAAUUGUAUUUGUAUCGCUGUUCAGUCUUCUGAUCGAAGAAAACGAAAAUUUACGGGUAUUACGUUCGUUGAGAACGUUACGAGCCUUAAGGCCGCUUAGGGCAAUAAGUAGAUGGCAAGGCAUGCGAAUCGUAGUGAAUGCCUUGAUGUAUGCAAUUCCCAGUAUCUUCAAUGUGUUAUUGGUGUGUCUGGUGUUCUGGCUUAUUUUCUCCAUUAUGGGAGUGCAAUUCUUCAGUGGAAAAUUUUAUAAAUGUGUGGAUGAGGAAGGGGAACUUCUACCUGUUUCGAUCGUAGAAAACAGGUGGGACUGCGACAGGUUGAACUAUACAUGGGAGAACUCAAAAAUUUCCUUCGAUCAUGUGGGGAUAGCGUACUUAGCCUUAUUUCAAGUGGCAACUUUCGAAGGCUGGAUGGAAGUUAUGGCAGAUGCCGUGGAUUCCAGAGGUGUCAAUUUACAGCCUCAGAGAGAAGCGAAUUUAUAUGCCUACAUUUAUUUUGUAAUUUUUAUCGUAUGUGGUUCGUUCUUCACGUUGAAUCUAUUUAUAGGAGUUAUUAUCGACAAUUUCAAUAUGCUCAAGAAGAAGUACGAAGGAGGUGUGUUGGAGAUGUUCCUCACGGACAGCCAGAAACAAUACUACACUGCGAUGAAAAAGUUAGGUAGAAAGAAACCCCAAAAGGUCAUCAAGAGACCAAGGAACCAAUUUUUAGCCAUGUUCUACGAUCUUUCCAACUCGAGGAGAUUCGAGAUAGCCAUAUUCGUUUUGAUUUUUCUCAACAUGUUGAGUAUGGGCAUCGAACAUUACAACCAACCUCAUACCGUAUUUUUCAUCCUCGAAGUUGGAAAUGCUUUUUUUACGACAGUAUUCGGCUUAGAGGCAAUAGUUAAAAUAAUAGGAUUAAGGUAUCACUAUUUUACCGUUCCAUGGAAUGUGUUUGAUUUUUUACUAGUACUGGCUUCCAUUCUUGGCAUACUGAUGGAGGAUAUCAUGAUAGACUUUCCUGUUUCUCCUACGUUGUUGAGAGUAGUUAGGGUUUUUAGGAUAGGAAGAAUUUUAAGGCUCAUCAAGGCUGCUAAAGGCAUAAGAAAACUGCUGUUCGCCCUAGUGGUUUCUUUGCCUGCUCUAUUCAACAUAGGGGCUCUAUUAGCUUUAAUUACUUUUAUAUACGCCAUAAUCGGCAUGUUUCUCUUCGGCCACGUCCGGCAACAGGGUGCGCUGGACGACAUGGUCAAUUUCCAAACCUUCGGCAGAUCCAUGCAUCUGCUCUUCAGGCUGAUAACCUCUGCCGGUUGGAACGAUGUCCUGGAGAGCCUGAUGAUCGAAUAUCCGGACUGCGAUCCAAAUUACAGGGAGCAGAGCAAUGGAGACUGCGGAUAUCCGUUGUUGGCGAUCAUAUACUUCACCAGUUUCAUCAUCAUCAACUAUAUGAUCGUCAUCAAUAUGUACAUAGCUAUUAUUCUCGAGAACUUCAAUCAGGCUCAUCAGGAGGAGGAGAUCGGCAUUGUGGAGGACGAUUUGGAGAUGUUCUACAUCCGGUGGAGCAAAUAUGAUCCACAUGCAACGCAGUUCAUCAGGUUCUCCCAACUGUCAGAUUUCAUAGCUUCGCUAGAUCCACCUCUGGGGAUUCCGAAACCAAACACGGUGGCUUUGGUCAGUUUCAAUUUGCCAAUAGCCAAAGGCAAUGAAAUUCACUGUCUGGAUAUCCUGCAUGCGCUGGUGAAGCACGUACUUGGUCAUGUGGAGGAGACUGACACCUUCAGACAGCUUCAGGAACAAAUGGAUAUAAAAUUCAAGAAGCAGUUCCCAACUAGAAAAGAACUUGAAAUAGUCUCCUCUACGAGAAUAUGGAAGAGACAGGAUAAAGCUGCGAGGCUUAUCCAACGUACUUGGAAAGAUUAUCUCCGGCGCAAGAAAGAGCGCGAAAGGGAACAGGAGGAAGCCGAGACGAGGAACUCUUCCCCAGGGGGUUGGCAGGGCAGGCUGUCGGCCUUCUUGCACGUACAUCGAGGGAGUCGCGCUUCUUCUCGCAAGUCCUCCAGGGCAUCGGACGCGAGUGACCUCAGCGAGUUGGGCGGCCCCUGGUUGAACCUCCCGCUGUUGUUACUCUCCAGCGCGACCAACAUGGAUCCGGAGGAGCUGGAUUUGAAGCACGACGCCAGCGAUGUCGUGAGCAUCAAGGUCAACGAGGCUACUCCAGAUAAGGAGAAAAGAAUCUUUAAGCAACAUUCAUGUCCGUCACCCCAAUUCUUAAACCAACCGAAGAGAGUGGGUGAUGCUCUGACGCCAACCCAACAACCUAGACGUAGAAGCAUCUACAACUUCUUCCUGAGGCAUCAGGACGCCGUAGAGAACGAGGACGUGUCACAGUCUCCACCUGCUCCAAAAAGAAACGUCACUACCAGUCAAACCCUUCACCCAGGCACGGCAGAAGACAGCAAGCCUAAACGUGGAAGCAUAAUUCGAAGAAAGAGAGGUGGAUCCUGCAAAACGAGGCCUACAUCGAUGCUCUCCCAGACCCAUCGAGCAGGAAGCGAGCCCCAAAACUCCACUGAUGUGAGUAUCUUGGUCACGGAAGCCUCUCCAGACUCUAUAGCCACCAAGCCCACUCUCCAGAGGCAACAAAGCGAGGCCACCGUGGUUCAGGUGUUGGUUCAUAGGGAAAGCGAAGAGUAUCAUGAACCAGAUCAGGAUAUAUCUACUCCUGAACUAACCGUGGAACAGGCUGAACAAGAGAAGUGUGACGAAAUGUUGAGUGACAUUAUUGUUGAUACCGCUCUUAGUUCGAAUAGUACUGUUAGGGAUAGCUGAUCUGAACUUUACGUUAGACGGUUAACGCAAUAAUUUUUUACCGUAAUUUAGAUAUUAGGAUUAUUAUGAGAAAUUUCGACUUAAUAGGAGCAGUAAGUAUAAAUCUGAUAGUGAUAAAAUAUACUGAAGAAUAUUGACCAACUGAAAGGGGAAAUACUAUUGCAACCCACGAUAUUUCUCAGCCGAAUACCAAAUCCCGGUUUAAAAUUAUCGAUAAUAGUCCGGCUUAUAUUCUUAUUGCUCAUAUCCUAAGAAUUUCUUCAGAAGCAGGAAUUUCUUUUUUGAAUAUGAAUACGUCAUAAUCCAAAUGAACGGUUCGAAAAUAAGAAAUAUGAAGACUUGAUUUCUAUCUAGUGAAAAUUUGAUUGAUUGCUCAGUUGUGCAAUUCAUUUCCCUUUUCUUUUGGUGAUCGAUGAAUCUCAUCGAAACGCUGUAAAAUUUCGCUUUACUAAGUAGGAUAUAGAUUUAAUUGUUGAUUGAUUAUAUUUCAGUUAGAAUUUUUGUGAAAUGGUAAAGUGGAUUAAUUCUAAUUCAAAUGCGUCAAGCAUGAAUGUACAUAUUAACUCGAUAAAUAAUGUACAGUACAUUAUAAGUAAAUAUUAUUCAUUGUAGAUCAAGUUUAAAUCUACGAUUACGCUGUAAGUGAAUGAUAUUGUUAAGUCAAUUAAAUUAAUAUAUUUCGUUUAUAUCACCGAAAGUAUGUAUAUACAAUCUCAGCAAAUAUAGUUUUAAUCUUAA